UCAAAUCGUAAACUAUCCCGCGCUUGCCUCCACCGGGGGCGCCACUGGCCCAAUUUUAAAAAUAAACCCUCUCAUCUAUCGAUUUUCCACUCGCUUCCAAAGAUGCUCCUAUUUCCCUUAAUUUUUGCCUUUCUGAGUGUCGUUUCAGCAAAAGACGAAAAUGUCCUAAUGACCGAGGUGUUCGAAAUCAUCGUAAACCCCCCAAUGUUCAACUGGACGUACGAGGGCAAAACCGACCAAUUUGUUUACCAACCAUCGCUCCUAAACGCCCCUGACCUACCCUCAUGGAUAAACUACGUCUUCAGCCCCCUGCACCACUGUGGCUACUUAUUCGGGGUACCCCCGAGCCACAACAAUGCAAAUAUCCAGCUGGAAAUCAUAGCUUUGAACCGCAAAACGUACGAAACGAGGCACGAGCACAUCAAUAUCCACGUCUCCGAGAAGUUAAAUCCCGCCAAAUAUGAAGUGCAUAUGAAGAUUGAUAACUUGAAUGUCGAUAAUAUGUUUGAGGUUGAGCGAAUGGAGAGUCUGAAGGAUAUUUAUAGGAAGGUGUUGUGGAAGGACAGUGAGAAUGAUCUUUACGUUACGUUUCUCUCGUCUGCGAUUAAACUGGGGGCCAGGAAGCCCCUAAACCCGACCGAGGGCGAAGGGGUCGUUUUAAGGCUAGGGAGCCAAUCAGCCUUUUCGCCGGAGUUGACCGAACUUCAGGAAGAAGUUAGGCCCUUAUGGAAGGCCGCGUACCCGUGCCCUCGCGAUUUUAAGCGAACUAAAGUCGAGAGGCUGUUCCGAAAUUCGGGGUUUCACAUGGACUGGUGCUCCUUUAGACUUAUUGACGACAAUAACUCGGCGCUUCACCAGAGCGUGUCCAAAGAAAAGCUCCUAAACUCGGUCGAGAACGCCUACGAGGACCGCUGGGAGACAGUAACAAAAAGCGAAGUGCCUCAAAGAAGCUACCUUCACGAAUUUCUCUUCACAAUCCUGGUCCCCAUGUUCGUGAUGAUUUUCCUCGCUUUGGUGCUUUCCCUAAUUCUGUGCUUCCACCACGAAGGGAUAAAAGACCCCGAGAGCGAAGCUUUUUUCUAUAACUUGUAUCACAUUUGUGUCGAUUAUUACAGAUCGAAACGAAUGGAGGACACGCCCCCCGACGAACUCAACCAAUACGCGACCAUCCACCGCGCCACCCAAUCACUGCGCAGCUUGUCGAACAACCGCGAAAUGACCCUGUCACCUGACCCCAUGCUGCUGUCCAGGAGCCACACCAACAGCCCCACCUCCACCAUCAACCGGGGGGUGCACUGCCGCCCCAACCCCCCGCCCUACGUGCGCCCGAAGUACCGGCCAGAGUUGUGACAGAAGGAAAGGACGUGGUACUGUUAAGUAGAGGGCGCUGGAAGCUACGUACCGGGUGACUGUUAAAAAAAUUCUAGUCACCCGGUGGAAUUGACGUUAGGUGUAGAUUAAAUGUAACAGAUUUAUUAGGGAAGUCUAGUUAACAAUCACAAAAUAUAAAUAGACCUCUAUUGCUCUAUUCGAAAUAAAUACUGUUCAAAAAUAGAAA